AUGGCCGCUGAAGACAAGUUAUUGCUGCCGUGGCUCCCGGAGCUGUUUGAAACCAGCAAACGGCUUCUAGACAAAGUAGAAGGACGGACUGAAUCCACUGGUUCCUGGAUAGUCCAGAAGGUGUUCAAGGGCCUGGACCUCCUUGAGAAGGCUGCCAAAAUGUUAAAGCAGCUCGACUUGUUCAGCCGAAAUGAACAUAUGGAAGAGACUGCUUCCACUGAUCUGAAAUAUGUGUUGGUCCCAGCGUUUCAAGGAGCCUUCACCAUGAAACAAGUCAACCCCAGGAAGCAUCUAGAUCAUUUGCAGUGGGCUCAAGAACACUUUAUAAACUACUUAACUCAGUGCCAUUGCCAUCAUGUGGCAGAGUCUGAGCUGCCCACAACCAAGGACAACUCAGCUGAAAAUCACACUGCUGAUUCCUCCAGGGCUUAUCCUAGCCUCAUUGCUACGGCAUCUCAAAGACAGGCUAAAACAGAGAGAUACAAGCAGAAGAAGGAGUUGGGGCAUAGGUUGCCUACAAUGAAAUCCGCUGUGGAAACUGGUCAAGCAGAUGAUGAGCGAGUUCAUGACUAUUAUCUUCUUCACCUUCAGAGGUGGAUUGUUAUCAGCAUAGAAGCAAAACGGAUAAAAAACCUAAAACGAACACUCUCUCUCUUUCCUCCACCUUUUCCAAGCGCAGGAACCUCCCGCCCCAGUGGAGCGCACCUCCAGGGCUUAAGGGCCCGGGGUCACCUAAGCUUCAGCCAGCAACUGACUUUAGUACUCCCCGCCUUCGUACGGAAAACCAGAGGACGCCCGAAGCGUCAGGCCCACCCCGCGGCGCCGUAG